UGCAAAAUACAAGUCUCACACACUUAGAAUUAAGUUAGUAGCGAGAGGGAGAAAAAUGAAGGUUUUUUACUUCUUCGUUGUGCUAUUGGCUUUGGCAUCCUCCGUUGCCUUUGGUUAUGAUCCAAGCCCCUUGCAAGACUUUUGUGUGGCUAUCAAUGAUACCAAAACUGGUGGUCUAUAUGGAGUGUUCGUGAAUGGAAAAUUUUGCAAGGAUCCUAAGUUUGCUUAUGCUGAUGAUUUCUUCUUUGGUGGAUUGGGACCCGGAAACACUGCAAACCCACAAGGAUCAAAGGUGACAGCUGUCACAGUUAAUGAAAUAUUAGGGCUCAACACACUUGGUAUAUCCUUGGCACGCAUAGAUUUUGCACCAAAGGGUUUGAACCCUCCACACACUCACCCUCGAGGGACAGAGAUUCUUGUAGUCUUGGAAGGUACCCUCUAUGUCGGUUUUGUUGCGUCCAAUCAAAACGACAACCGUUUAUUCACCAAAGUGCUGUACAAGGGUGAUGUGUUUGUGUUUCCCAUUGGUCUCGUUCACUUCCAGCAGAACAUAGGUUAUGGAAAUGCUGUGGCCAUUGCUGGUCUUAGUAGCCAAAACCCUGGAGUUAUUACCAUUGCAAAUGCUGUGUUUGGAUCUAAACCUCCUAUCUCUGAUGAAGUUCUCGCCAAAGCUUUUCAAGUGGACAAAAACGUAAUCGACUACCUUCAGAAACAAUUCGGGUACAACAACAAAGUUAACGGGAAACAUAAUUAAAUCGUGAUACCAUCUGGCUCGGACCAUGGAUAAAUAAUUUUCUCAAUAUCGCUUUCUCAAGCAAUUACUGCAAUGUUAAAUAAAAUGCAUGUGGCUAUUAUGCGUUGUUGUAAGUCCAAUAAAGGACAAUAACAGUGGCUAACAUAUAUAUGUCUAUAUAAGAUGUUAUAUAUCAGUAUUGAUAAUGAUAAGUUAAAAAAAGAAAUACUAAGAGUUCAAGAAUUGAAA